UACCAUUAAAGAAGUUCCAUGGCAGUUUCACAUAUCGGCGCUAUCCAAUUUUCUCUAAAAAAAUCCCAAAAGUCCAUUUCUCAAUUUCCCUCUCAUUUCCAUUUACAUUCUCUAUAUAAACAAAAUAAAAUUAUAUCAUCACCAAACAAAACAAAAAUAAUACAUACACAUAUUGUAUUAACAAUGGCGACGCAAUACCAAAACGUCGUCGUAAUGAGACACGGUGACCGGUUAGAUAACUUCGAAGAAUUAUGGGUAAUGAAAGCAGAUAGGCCAUGGGACCCACCAUUGCAUAAUGAUGGUAAGAUCCGUGCAUUUUAUACGGGUCAAAAGAUCCGAUGCAAUAAGGAUUUUCCGAUCCAUCGGGUUUUUGUUUCCCCGUUUAUUCGAUGUGUACAGACUGCUGCAGAGGUUGUACGUGCACUUUGUGACGUGGCGGAACAUAAUGGGGAUUCGAAUGUUUUGUCUUCUAAUGCUGAAUCUGUUAUUAUUGAUCCGUCUAAAGUUAAAGUAUCCAUCGAAUAUGGUUUGUGUGAAAUGCUGAAUUUAGUAGCCAUAAGAGCUCCUGCAGCUCCCAAGGAUGGGGAUUUCAAAUUCAGUAUCUCACAAUAUGAAUCUGAGUUGCCUGCUGGAACUGUAGAUAACACCGUUGAACCUGUGUAUAAGAAGCUUCCAGAGUGGGAAGAGACGUUGGAAAGUGCAAGGGCUAGAUAUGUGGAGGUAGUUAAGGCCCUUGCUGAUAAGUAUCCUUCUGAGAACCUGUUGCUAGUCACACAUGGUGAAGGAGUAGGCUCCAUAUUUACUGAGCUUAACAAGGAUACAACUGUAUUAGAGGUAGAAUAUUGUGGACAUUUGUAUGCGAAGAGAACUAUCCAAUUCGAAAAGAACCAAUCAUUUACUGCUGGAGAGUUUGUAUACGAGAAACAAACUGGUAUUGUAUCUGCUGCUAAAUAAAAACAAGCCUACCAGACUUUAAGUGAUUGUUUGGGUUUCUUCCCUCUCGGCCAUGGCUGUUACUUACUGUCCAUUAUUCGAAGCUUGCUUGUCCAUUUAGAUGUGUUAAGGUUUCCAUUGUUGAACGACGUUGUUACACUUGUAUUUUCACCUUUCUUGUUUUCUAAUUUGUGAUUUCAAAGGGAGGAUUAUGGAAUUGCACCUAUACAUUCUGUUGAAAUAAAUACAUUGCCCAGAUGGCCUCUGAUACCA